AUGACUAGACAGAAAGAUGGAACAAAGAGAUACGCCACUUUGGGAUGUAAAUUAAUUUACGUGGUUUUCAACUCAUUUUCUCUCCUUCACUUUGAAGUUGCAGUUCUGUUUUCAAAACCACUGACGAAAGUUGAGUUGACUGUUCUAGAUUAUUUCACGACUACAAUUUUCGCAAUCACUCUUAAUGGAACCCACUCAUCAGGCAUUUUGACGACAAAUGAAGUGAUUUUUAAUUCUGAUUUUGUUGUUAAUAAAUUCGCAUUUGGUUCACGAAAUUCAAAAUGUGUUCAAGUUGAUGAGCAUGCUUCAUUUUAUCUACAAUCUAUUCAAAACAGUUAA